AUGCCCACCCUUUUCCUCUGGAAAGUGACAGAUGGCACACACGUAUCUGUUUUUGAGGGGAUCGAUCCCUUGUUCGGGAGCGGAGUGCAGAGGAUCAAGAUUGUCGAUGUGAACGAAGAGCUCAAGCAGAAGUCUACUCAGUACCGCAGCUACAAUGUAAAACAGUCGGACCUGGCGCUACUCGAGGGCAUGGUUUUCACCGAGUCCAAUACAUGGAAGGCUGUGUCUAAGUUCCUCAUGGACGUUGUGCGUGCAGCCGGCCAGUCGCUCGUACCUGAUCGUGAGUCAACCGUGCUGAUUCUUGGCACGCUCGAGAUUGCGAGAAUGGGCCAGAGCAUAAAUCAAGCAUCUGAAUAA